AAGCUGAGCUACCACGCCAGUUGUGACCGAAGCGACAGCGGUGACCCGGUGAGGUGAAGGUAGUGGUAGGCGGUGGUUGCUCCUUGGUCUCUGACUGGGGCUGGCGGCUAGUGGUGGAGCAGGCGGCUUGAGCUGGACAUUUAAAAUUGUUUGGAGUCAACACUUUGAUUCCAGCCAUGGGUUUGUCAGCAUCUACUCCUGCUGUUGCAGUUCAGACCCCAAAAGCUUCAGAUCAUCAGACAGCAUCACCACCCUCAGGAUGCCCAAUGCAUGAAAGGAAGAGUCAAGGCUGUCCAGUAAGUGAGGAACCAUCCAGUCCAACUAGUGACAGCAAAACUUACUCUGUGCCUGCCCACCAGGAUCGAGCGUACGACUAUGUGGAGUGCCCCUUUACCCAUGCCAGGGCCGAUAAGGAGAACCUGGAUCCUUCAAAUCUGAUGCCACCACCUAAUCAAACACCAGCCCCAGAUCAGCCAUUUGCUUUGUCUACGGUCAGAGAAGAAUCAUCCAUUCCAAGAGCAGACUCUGAGAAAAAGUGGGUCUACCCUUCAGAACAGAUGUUCUGGAAUGCAAUGUUAAGGAAAGGGUGGAAGUGGAAGGAUGAGGAUAUUAGUCAGAAAGAUAUGUAUAAUAUCAUAAAGAUUCACAAUCAGAAUAACGAGCAGGCCUGGAAGGAGAUUUUGAAGUGGGAAGCCCUUCAUGCUGCGGAGUGUCCUUGUGGUCCCUCAUUGAUCCGAUUCGGAGGGAAAGCAAAGCAGUAUUCACCAAGGGCCAAAAUUCGUUCCUGGAUGGGGUAUGAGUUGCCUUUUGACAGGCAUGAUUGGAUCAUCAACCGCUGCGGGACGGAAGUUAGAUACGUGAUCGAUUACUAUGAUGGUGGCGAAGUGAACGAGAACUACCAGUUCACCAUCCUGGAUGUGCGCCCCGCCUUGGAUUCGCUUUCUGCUGUAUGGGACAGAAUGAAGGUUGCUUGGUGGCGCUGGACGUCAUAACCAAUGUUUUAUUUGUGAUGGAAAAAUAUAAACUAUUUUUUUUCUGAAGUGUACAUUAUACUAUUUCCCUAAACUGAGUCCCACUCAUGAUUUAAGAAGAGUUUGAAGUGGGCAGACACAUUUCAUCGUUUACUUAGUGAGAGACACCCUCUCCAUUAACCUCUGAGUCCUGUUUGCCUUGCACUCCAUAGCAGACCAUUUUAAGUUUUCCUCCCUCUUCAUUCAGGUGGGCAGCAGUCUUUUGGCUUUCCCUUUAACUUCGCUAUUGCUUGUUUAGUUCAUCUAAAAAAAGUCUUAACUGCUGUAAAAGAACUUUUGAAAAAUGUUCAGAGUUGUCUUGUUUUUUUCAGGAAUGAGAUGUAAAACCUGAAAUUCAGUGCAAUGUUCAUGAACUUUUUCGUGGUCAAGUAUUAUAACUGAAACUUAGAAACAAGACAUAGUUACACUUUUUAAAAAAUGACCAGCAAUUCUAAAGACCCUGCAAUGUAGUAGUAGCCCUGAAUGAAAUGUAAAGGUAUAUACUGCAAAUGUAUUCAGCAAGAAUAAGCAUGUCUCAGCUCUCCAAAUUUUCAUUAAGUGAGUUUUUCACACCGGACCUUGUUAUAGAAAUUUAAGCCACCGGGAAGCAGUAAUCCACAUAUUUUGAACACGUAUUUUAACUUUAAAUUUUUCCUCUUUAUUCCUAUAAUUCUAAUUUGUAAGUCUGCUUCCCCCAAAACAGGUAUCAUUGUCCCUGGCAUUUGACAGGUCAUCCCAACCUGGAGUUCCAUUCCUUCCCAGCCGGGGAGCUUUCCUUCCAGUCGGCUGAAUCCAAACCCUGAGAGCACGGCUGAAGUCACAGAGCCAGAGCUGAUCCCUCUGUAAACCAUGAGGACAUUCGGCUGUGGGUUAAAGUUCACAAGAAGAGUGUUUUUCCUCAAAUGUAGAGUAUUUGCAUCAAUUCAGAGUCUUGAAUUUGUUUUUGUUUUAAGGAAGCUCUAAAUUUGCUGUUGGAAUUCUUUGUUUCAGUAAUCCACAGACUGGUUAUUCUAAUUAUAGCAGCAUGUUGCAAAUCAUUGUUUUUUCUUCAUUGCUGUUAACAUUAAAUCUUUCAUUUUUCCUGAAAACUAGUGUUAAAUUAGUGGAUGGAACUGGCAGUCUGAAUGAUUAUCUUGCUGUGGAUUUCUCUGUUAUGUCAGUUCUGUGUGGGAUUUUAAAAAAUCAACAAUUUUAAGUUGUACAUGUCAAAUAUUUAUAUUUUUUAAAUAAAGCUGAUAGUCAAUGGAUUUGAAAAAUA